AUGUCAAACAAACUCUCAGAAUUCGUUCACUUUUCGAAACGACACCGGGAUUCCACUGUCCUCGACGAGGACACGUAUGUUGCGGUGAUCGAGAAAAUUAUAGAGCGAGACUUCUUCCCCGACAUCCCGAAGCUCCAGGACCGACUCGACUGGCUACAAGCCGUGCGCUCGCAUGAUCCCCUGCUCAUUCGCGACGCCCAGCUCAAGAUUCUUGAUCGACGUCGGCUGCGAAAAGAAUCCACCGUCGAUGCUUCGUUCCGGGCCACAACAAGCACUCCCGGAUCCACCUUCUUCAGGAACACCUCAGUUACCCCCUCACUUUAUAAUGAGAACAAAGAAAGUCUUGUUAAAGAUGAGGGCAAAGCGGGAAAUGGCGACGGUGAAGGAGAAGAAGGUGUGGAUACUUCGAUGAGUUUGGAUGACUUCUUUAGGAAAUACACCAGUGAGGACAAAGACAACUUCUCGAGACUUAUAGAGAAAGUGAAUAGGAAGAGGAAGGAGAAGGAGAAGCAUGAGUUUUUGUUAGAAGGUGAGAAAAGGGGAGAUGAUUCAGAGAAUUUGAUUGAGGAUGGGGAUAAACGAGAGCAAAUUACUACAUAUGGAUAUGGGACGUCUGAUCAGCCUGUUAGUACUUUGGAAGGUUGGAAGUACACUGCCAAGAAUUUACUGAUGUAUCAUCCGGCUGAUAGAGGGGAAGCGCCCUUGACCCCGGAGGAGAGAGCCAUAAGGCUGAAGGGGGCUUUGCGUCACGCCACUGAGGCUAAGAAAGCCAUUGAGGAAAUGCAUGGCAAGUUACUGGAGGGCAGAGUAAGUUUUGUUGAGGUUGCAAAAUCUAGAGCUGAACGAUGCCAACGACUAGAGCAAAAUCUAAGAUAG